AUUGAAAUAAAGCCGAUUAAGGAUGACCGGAAUCGCUCAGUUACAUUCCUGAAGCGAAAAGGUGGUCUGUUCAAGAAGGCGCAUGAACUUUCCGUGCUGUGCUCGGUAGACGUCGCGGUCAUCAUCUUUAGUGGUAACAAGAAGUUAUACCAGUACUGCUCCGGUGACGUGAAUGAGAUGAUCAACAGACAUUCAUACUACGAGACGGCGCAUGAGACGAAAGGACCAGGCGACUUCGGGAAGAAGGAUCUGAUGGAUGAUGAUGAUGACGACGACGCGAUCAUAGGUGCUGACCGCGCUGGUUCACACUCUUCGAACGAUCAUCCGCUGCCGCACCACAUGCAGCAUCCACCGCCCCAUUUGAAUCGACAACAUACCGCUUCUGCUUCUCCCCCAAACAUGUCGAAAACCCUUGUCGGUCCAUCAGGUUAUCCGAUGGGACCUCGUGUUGGAACGCCGCAACCGAUGACGCGCCCAUCGUCGAGGAAUCAAAUUCGGCGUAAUAGCUCAAAUCUCGUGCCUCCGAACGGGUAUCCUGCGAGUCAGCCUCCUUCACAUCAGAAUGGGUAUGCAUACAUGCAACACCCGCCCCAACACCCACAGCAGCAGCCACAGCAGCAUCAGCAUCAGCAACAGCAUCACCAGCCGCCUCCUCCGCCGCCACCACCACCGCAGCACCACCAGCCGUCACAGACAUCGCAGCCACAGUCGGACUACGAGAAUAGCAGGCGGCAAUCAAUGCCACUGGUGUACAAUGUCGAGUCAUCUGCUCCCGAGAACGAGCAGGCCACGCGUUCCGAACCACCUCCACCACCACAGCCGAUGGAGCACAAAAGAGCACCAGCGAAAUCUCGUAGCAUGUUCACACCUAUCGGUCCGAGUGAUUCCAUGCUUGCGGCGCACUUUGGCUUUGGCGCGCGGGAAUCUCGGCCACCCCCCAUAGAGACCAGCGCGAAUCAAAGUGGAGGCAGUGGAAAUGCGGCAAAGACAGAGGAGAAGCCAAUACCGCCCCCAAUCCCAUUACCGCCCUUGUCCACAUCGCCCCCGCCACCACCCUCACGGAACAAUAGCAUGGCAGACCCCAAGUCUGCUGGAAUGCGGCCGAAGCUGAAGGUGCGAAUUCCUAGUGAGGAUUCGGAUGCCGGUAGCCCGGAUGCAUCCCCCAGGGACACAAGCGGAAAUGCCGGGAAUGUGUCUGCUCGUCCGGGCAAUGAGAAUGGACCAGUCGUACUGCCACCCCCGUCCCCCAGCCACAGCAUAGGGGGACUCUUGAGUGCAGGCGCCACCGGUCCCACCAAUCCUUUCUCACGGCCCCCAGCGAACUUGCACAGCAGUCAGCCCGAACAAACACCGAUGUCCGCAUUACCAAGCCGUUUCAUGGAUGCCAUGCUCCCGUCGCCGGGAGGGUUUUACUCCGGCUGGAUGGACAAUAUGGGAACGAAUGCGUUCUCACGUUCUGGUGCAGGCGGUGACAGCAUGCUGCCCAGUCCACUCAACUUCCAGACACCCGUUGGGCCGAAUCCUGCGCCUUUCUUCAAGAGCGAGUCCGAGACAAACGGAAACAACAAAAGACGAUCACCCGAGUCGGACCAGUCGGAAAGUUCGACGGCGAAAAGACCGAAAAAUAGUUAG